GCCUUUUUUUAGAUUAAAGUUGUUUGUAAUUAAUGAAACCUAAACAAAACUUUUAUUCUUUUAAAAUACAAAAUACUUUAUUCCACCCACCAACCGAGGUGCCGAGGUGUUGAUUUGUUAAUCAAUCAGGCCCUAACCACAAUAAUUAAUUGUGGUUUAAAUUAUUAUAAAUUAUUUAUUGUUAGACUGUGCUCUAACCACCGAGAGAAUAAAUAAUAUGAAGAAGGAGAUAUUAUUCAACCAGAUUCUUUUGCAUUUAGAAGAGAGGGGCAUGUUAACUGAUGAUUUUCCAAGAACAGAAGAUGAACUAAUGGAAGGAUUAAGUUCAAACCCUGAUGAACGGAAAAGAAUUCUUAUAGUUCUGGUAUCAUUAUUUUCAGAAGAUUACAAAUCUCAUUUUCUUAAUCAAAUUGGACUUACUCUAGACUACGACCUUGCUCACAGACUUGCAGAACUUGGCCUUACAGAUGGAAAUCGUUACGAUUUUGUUCAGGGAAAGUGUACAUUAGAGGAGCAAAAAAAGAUUUAUGAAAAGCUAUUCAAAUAUUUGCAUCUAUCAUUGACUGCUCAAGAACAUGAUCAAGACAACUUUUCUUCGGACUGUUUCACUGAAGACCUGCCUGAACAGGGCUCGGAACUACUUUCAAAGACUUUAAAAAAACGUGCUUCUAAAAAUGUUGAUACCAAAGAACUCAAUGAACUGUUGGAGAAGGCAAAAAAUACUUUGGAACUCAUAAAUUUAAUGAAACAGAAAAGAACUUCUUUAGUCCAGAUUCAAUCAAAGAAGUUAGAAGAUGACCAAGAUGAAGAAUCAAAGUUAUCAAAACUGUUAAGUACUUUACAAUCUCUACUACAAGAUAUGAAAGAAAGAAUUAUUGUUUCUCCUUUGAGUUGUGCAGAGAAGAUUCCAGUUCCAGUGGGAUGUGGUUCAACAAUUACAGAACUGCAUCCAACCCUUCAGUUUGUGGCCAACUGUUUAGAAGCGCCAUCAGUAAAAUUAGUCAUAAGAGAAACCAUCGACAUGGAGGAAAUAAGUGCAGAAGCUAGAAAAUUAGAGUUGAAUUCUAUUGUGAAAAAGCUUGAGACUGAAUGAUAGAGGUGUUCAACAAAACGGCAUAAACAGGUUUACUAUGCCUUAAUAAAAGUUUUAUACUUUUGUAAAUUAUCAAAUAUAUCUAUUUUAUUUA